AUGCCCUCUUCUGGACAGUCUGUCACUUACUGCAACGAGUCGAAGGCGCACAAGUCGUCCAAGUCCAAGUCCUCCAAGGAGAACUCGGUCAAGAUGUCGUCCCCCUACGGGUCUAGCUCCAAGAGCAGCUCGUCCUACUCUAAUGCCCACAAGUCAUACAAGACUUCUUCGUGCUCCUAUGGAGAGAAUGGCAAGCACUAG